ACGCCCUCAUUCUCGCUCCCUCGGGCACGCACACGCACACGCACACGCACAUUGACUAUUGCUCACUCCUUUCUCUUUUCAAAAGGCCCUUGUGCGGCAGAUUGACAGGCCAGAAUGAAAAUGAGGCGGACGCUCGCUCGCGACUCCAGUGCGUCCGCGUCCUUUUGAGCAGACCUCCAAACUUGGAUCGAAUCACCAUGGGAGCUAUUUGGGCUGCAAGGGACUUUUGUUUGUUUUUGCUCUUGUUAAAUAGUCGCCAAAGCGCUGCGCUUCCAGAGAUUCGAGCAGACCCGUGCGCAGAGGGCAGUGAUGGCUGUCACAUAGAUGCUAUUUGCCAGACGACCCCGCUCUCAUACAAGUGCGCAUGCAAAGCGGGCUUUAAAGGAGACGGAAAACACUGCGAAGACAUUGACGAAUGCGACCUGGACUACAAUGGCGGCUGUGUACACGAAUGCAACAAUAUACCAGGGAAUUACCGCUGCACUUGCUACGACGGCUUCACUUUGGCCCACGACGGUCACGACUGUUUAGAUGUGGACGAAUGCAAGUUCAACAACGGCGGCUGCCAGCACACUUGUGUCAACACCAUGGGCAGCUACGAGUGCCGCUGCAAGGACGGCUUCUUCCUCAGCGACAACCAGCACACGUGCAUCCACCGCUCCGUCGAGGGCCUCAGCUGUAUGAAUAAAGAGCACGGCUGCGCCCACAUCUGCAAAGAGACGCCCAAAGGGGGCGUGGCCUGCGAGUGUCGCCCAGGGUUCGAGCUGGCGCGCAACCAGAGAGGCUGCAUCCUGACGUGUAACCAUGGCAACGGGGGGUGCCAGCACACCUGCGAGGACACGGAUAGCGGCCCCAUAUGCAAGUGUCACGUCAGGUACGCCCUGCAGCCUGACAGGAGGUCAUGUGUCGAGCGAGACGAGGGCGCCGCCGAAUCAUCGGACCACAACGCCACGUCCUUCGCCGAGGUGGACAAACGGGUCAAGCGGAGGCUUCUGAUGGAGACCUGCGCGCUCAACAACGGGGGCUGCGACUGCACCUGCAAAGACACGUCGACGGGCGUGCGCUGCAGCUGCCCCGUCGGCUUCACGCUGCAGCCGGACGCCAAAACGUGCAAAGACAUCGACGAGUGCGAGCUUGAAAACGGCGGCUGCGACCACUUCUGCAGGAACACCAUCGGCAGCUUUGAGUGCAACUGCAGGAAAGGCUUCAAGCUGCUGACCGACGAGCGCUCGUGUCAAGAUAUAGACGAGUGCUUCUUUGAGCGCACGUGCGAUCACACGUGCGUCAACUCCCCCGGUAGCUUUCAGUGUCUGUGCAACAAAGGCUACACCAUGUACGGACUGGCCCACUGCGGAGAUAUAAAUGAAUGCAGCGUGAACAAUGGCGGUUGCGAGCAGGGUUGUGAGAACACCCAGGGUGGGUUUGAAUGCUCCUGCAACCCUGGCUACAAGCUCCACUGGAACAAAAAGGACUGUAUUGAGGCGGAGGGUUUACCAGCUGCGAAAGGCGUCUCCAAGCCCACAUUGAACUGUAGCAAGCAGGAGGGAGGCGACCGCUGCUUCCUGACGUGCCAGUCCCAAGUUCAUAUCAGCGGCGGGACGGAGGAUUCCUACACUGUGACCUGUGGAAUGCCACUGCCCUGCUUGGCUGACGCACAAAAGAACAACAGUGGCUUGCAAUGCUUCGCUCCAGAGAUGGCCGGCGUGCCUCGCAUUAAGACCACGGCGACAUUCAAGUCGGGCACGACCAAGUGCAACUUAAAGAGAAGCCAGGAGCGACUCAGGGAGAGCUUGAACUCGGCACGCUCAGACAGCAGGUUUCUCUUCACCGAGAACGUCCAGUUCAGCUACGUGAGCCUGCGCUGCACCUCGUCGGCGCACCGGGGGCGCAGCCGCCACGGCAGGAAAGCGGCCGAAGAGGACGGCUCGUCCAUCACGGCCGAGUUUGAACUGGAUGUGAACCUAGAGGAGGUAACAGCAGAGGGCUGCGACCUGAACUGCGUGAGACGACGCUCCGAGAAGAGGCUGAGGAAGACCAUCCGCACCCUGAGGAAGUCCAUCAACCGGGAACAGUUCCACCUCCACUUUGCAGGGUCAGACUACGAGCUGGCGAAGAAUCUGGCGCAGCCGGCGGAAGCGCCGGGACAAUGCGUGGCGGGACAGGUGCCGGUGGGCAGGAGGUGUGUCAGCUGCGGUGUCGGUACGUAUUUCGACGGCGACCAGGGGAGGUGCGCGACGUGUCCGGCUGGGACCUACCAGGACGAAGAGGGCCAGACGUCCUGCGAGGUGUGCCCCGCGCCUGCGGGGAGGGACGUCGCCAAAGUGGCCGGGGCUCGAAACAUCUCGGAGUGUGGAGGUCAGUGCCCCCCGGGCCAGUUCUCCCGUGACGGCUUCGGCCCUUGCCCGCCGUGCCCGCUGGGAUCGUACCAGCCCGACGCGGGCCGUACCACGUGCUUCCCUUGCGGAGGGAACCUGGUCACCAAGCGCAGUGGUGCCGUCACCUUCCAAGAGUGUGAGACCAAAGUCCAAUGCUCUCCGGGCCAUUACUACAACACGACAACGCACCGCUGCAUCCGCUGCCCCACGGGCACCUUUCAGGUGGAGUUUGGUCAGAACUACUGCAUCGCCUGCCCCGGGAACACCUCCACCGAUUUCGACGGCUCCACUAGCAUCAUGCAGUGCAAAGACAGACAGUGUGGAGGCGAGCUGGGAGACUUCACCGGCUACAUCGAGUCCCCCAACUAUCCCGGGAAUUACCCCGCCAACGUAGAGUGCACGUGGACCAUCAAUCCCCCGCCCAAACGCAGGAUCCUUAUCGUGGUGCCGGAAAUCUUCCUGCCUAUCGAGGACGAGUGUGGAGACUACUUGGUCAUGAGGAAAAGCGCUCUGUUAAACUCUGUGACCACCUACGAAACAUGUCAGACAUACGAGCGCCCCAUCGCCUUCACCUCGCGCUCCAAGAGGCUCUGGAUUCAAUUCCGAUCCAAUGAGGGAAACAGCGGGAAGGGCUUCCAGGUCCCGUAUGUCACAUAUGAUGAGGACUACCAAGAACUGAUAGAGGACAUCGUAAGGGACGGGAGGUUAUAUGCGUCUGAGAAUCAUCAAGAGAUUCUCAAGGACAAGAAGCUCAUGAAGGCCUUGUUCGAUGUUCUGGCUCACCCUCAAAACUUCUUCAACUACACAGCGCAAGAAUCCCGAGAAAUGUUCCCCAAAUCUUUCAUCCGCUUCCUGCGUUCCAAAGUCCUGAGAUUCCUUCGUCCUUAAGGGAGUGCCAAAUCACACAUUGCUGAUGAAUAGUUAAAGCGGCUCCCCAGUGUCUCUCCGGUUUCAAUAGUUUUCUCUAAUUAUACGCUUAAUAAUCAAGUGGCUCACACAACUGAUGCAACCAAUGGAAACAAAAACAAAAAAAAAUCAAAUAAAAAAAAAAGAGAGUGGACAUUGAACUGGACUUCUUAGCGGGAAAACAUUCCGUCCUCACCGGAGCGUCAGGAUCACUUCUGCCACUUUGUGUUGGAACAACUACAUUAACUGUAUAACCUCCUUUCGAUGUAUACGUCUCAUGAUGAUGUUUGACGAGCCUUCUGUAUUCAUAUAAUUGAAUAUUGCUCAAACUGCUCAUUAUAACGCUAGGAAACGUUUGCUGAUGGCACGCUGAUGACAAGCGAGUAGCAAAGGAAACAUGUACUGAAACUCAGCGAUGUUGUAUAUAGAGUGUGUAUGUAGUUUGAACAUAGGCUACUUUUACAAAUGACAGAGAUACACAAUGAUAGCACAAAUGUUCUUCGGAACUUUAGCGCGACGAAGAAAGUAGUAGAGCCACAAAAAGCAAUUAUCCCGAUGAAUGUUUUGUAUAUGAUGUAAAAAGUUUCAGGCGAAAUGUGUGGUAGCGAUGACAUGUUUGACCGUAUAAUGCUGCAACUCUUAUUUCAGAGGUUGCCACGUUAUUGAAAAUCACGUCGAAAAACAUUACAAAUUCCAAAAAGAAAGACAAGGAAAAAAGUAACGUUAGGGCACCUCACCUCCCUCCAUUCAAACGUCUUCUAUUUUUUGCAUUGUUAACCAACAACCAAAGACAGCCGUACACUCCUAUGACGAUUGAGAGAGAGCGUGGAAUGCGCGACAUGUUUCUGAGUAAACAGUAAAAGGAGCUAAGAAGCAAAUGAACAGUCUUGUAAAAUAGAAGUGAGCUACCCACCUGUCAUAGACGAUUCAUUUGUGUGUAUAUUUUGAUGGGUUUGUACAUCUAUUAUACUGUAAAUAAAGAUAGAAACCUGA